CGCGCAGAGAGGAAGCGGAAAUGCGUAUGCGGUAUUAAAGGCGGCGCCCCGUCCCACGCGCCUCUUUCCGUCUCCCGCCUCAGCAGAGAGAGGAGCCCCCGCCAUGUCUGCCCACCUGCAGUGGAUGGUAGUGCGGAACUGCUCCAGCUUCCUCAUCAAGCGGAAUAAGCAGACGUACAGCACGGAGCCCAAUAACCUGAAAGCCCGCAACUCCUUUCGCUACAACGGGCUGAUUCACCGCAAGACGGUGGGCGUGGAGCCGGCGGCCGAUGGCAAGGGGGUCGUGGUGGUCAUGAAGCGGAGAUCCGGACAGCGGAAGCCAGCCACCUCCUAUGUGCGCACUACCAUCAACAAGAAUGCACGCGCCACCCUCAGCAGCAUCCGCCACAUGAUCCGAAAGAACAAGUACCGCCCGGACCUGCGCAUGGCUGCUAUCCGCAGAGCCAGCGCCAUCCUGCGUAGCCAGAAGCCCGUGAUGGUAAAGAGGAAGCGGACCCGGCCCACCAAGAGUGCCUGAGCCACCCCCAGUAAUAAAGAGCUCUCCUGUGGUCCUUGGCUAUGUCAC